UUAAAAUCACAUAAAAAGUUUGAUGAUCAUGCAGAAGAAACAAAUUAAAGGAUCAGAUGCAAUUUCAUUUAAAAAUCUCCGUCCCAAAAUAAUUGUAAUAUUUCCAAUAUGAGUGCUAGACAGUGUACCGUAUAAAAGACAGUGUUCACUAAUAUUGAUGCUGAUUCUCUACAAGUGCUAGUUGAGGCAUAAACACAUAAAGCUUCUUUAGCAAAGAUAUGCAGUCUCCUCUCCUAUCUCAGUCACAGGUACUAGCAUAACUACUUCAUCAAAGAACCUCCUUUUUUUUUCCAUCUUCAUCAUAAUGACUUGAUCCUGUAGUUUACUUCUUAUUUCUGCAUCCAAAAACCCCAUCAUUCAAACUCACUUAUAGAGCUCUUCACUCCCCUCUUCUCCUCUUCAGCAACAAACCAUAAUAGCCAAAAAACUCUAAUUUUUUUUUAUAUCAUUUUAUAUCUAAAAAUAUUUCUCAUGGCUAAUCAUAGCAUCCUUUGCCCUUUUCUGCUGCUACUUUUCUGCUAUUGUUGUCAAGCAACAACAGCAGGAAAUCAGUCUCAGUUUUUCGUCGAGAUGAAGAAGUCCUUCACAGGGGAUAUGUUGUCUAAUUGGGAUGUUGCCAAUGGAUCCAAUAGCUUUUGCAACUAUGCUGGAGUUGGUUGUAACAGCCAGGGCUACAUUGAGAAGAUUGAUAUCUCUGGAUGGUCGCUUUCCGGUCAGUUCCCUGAGGAUGUUUGCCGGUAUCUUCCUUUCUUGCGGAUUCUUCGCGUUGAUCAUAACAAUCUCCUGGGCAGAUUUCCUAAUGGUAUCACCAACUGCUCUCUGUUAGAAGAGCUUAAUAUGAGCUUUGAUCUUCUGGGAGGAACACUGCCUGAUUUAUCACCUCUUCAGUCCCUGAAAUCACUGGACUUGUCAUCAAACUUUUUCCAGGGAAAGUUUCCUUUGUCUUUCACAAACCUCACAAAUCUUGAGUUCCUAAAUUUCAAUGAGAACGGGAAAUUCGAUCCAUGGGAAUUGCCUGAGAACAUUUCCAGGCUAACAAAGCUUCGGGUCAUCAUCUUUUCGACGUGCAACGUGCAAGGCAAAAUUCCAGCAUCCAUUGGAAAUAUGACAUCCCUGGUUGAUCUUGAACUGAGUGGGAAUUACUUAACAGGUAAGCUUCCACCUGAGCUUGGAAAUCUGAAGAAUUUGCAACAGAUUGAGCUAUACUACAACGCACUCGAAGGCGAAAUACCCGUGGAAUUCGGCAACUUGACUGAGCUCAGAGACAUAGAUAUGUCUGUUAACAAGCUCACAAAGCUUCCUGAAUCUCUCUGCCGCCUUCCAAAACUUACUGCUUUGCAACUUUACAACAACAGCUUAACAGGGGAGAUUCCUGCUGCCUUAGGGAACUCAACCACGUUGACUUUGUUGUCACUGUAUGAGAAUUUCUUGACAGGGAAAAUCCCAGAAAAUCUUGGAAGGUCAGCUCCUCUGGUAGGGUUCGACCUGUCUGAAAAUCAGCUUUCUGGAGAACUUCCACCCUAUGUAUGCAAUGGAGGUAAAUUACUCUACUUUCUUGUGCUUGAAAAUAAAAUUUCAGGGCAAAUCCCUGAAAGUUAUUCCAGGUGUAGUUCAAUUCUGCGGUUCAGGGUCAAUUAUAACCAACUGGAAGGGAGAAUUCCUGAUGGAGUUCUAGCCUUUCCCCAUGCUUCAAUCAUUGAUCUGAGCAACAACCGCCUGAAUGGUUUGAUUGCCAGAACGAUUGGAAACGCGAAAAAUUUGUCUGAACUCUUCUUGCAGAACAACAGGAUUUCAGGUUUUCUGCCUGCUGAAAUCUCUGGAGCUAUUAAUCUUGUCAAAAUUGAUCUCAGCAACAAUCUCCUGUCCGGUCCAAUUCCUCCAGAAAUCGGUAACCUUAGACAGCUCAACUUGUUGCUCCUCCAACAUAACAAGUUUAAUUCUUCCAUCCCUCAAUCACUGUCUUCACUUCAGUUGCUCAAUGUUCUUGAUCUUUCCAACAACCUCUUAACAGGGAAUAUCCCUGGAAAUCUCUCUGAACUCCUCCCAAAUUCCAUGAACUUCUCCAACAAUUUGCUUUCUGGUCCUAUUCCUCUUUCAUUUGUUAUGGGAGGUUUACUAGAAAGCUUUGCAGGCAACCCAGACCUUUGUGUUCCUCCCCAUAAGAACACAUCCACCACCAAAUUUCCCCUUUGCUCCCGAGAUUCCAACCGGAAAACAAUAAACUGUCUUUGGGUAAUUGGGUUAUCAGUGGGUCUUGUUAUAGUUGGAAUUGUACUGUUUCUCAGGCGAUGGUUAAGGAAAGAUAGAGCAAGAACAGAGAAUGAUGAUACGCUUUCAUCCUCCUUCUGUUCAUAUGAUGUUAAGAGCUUCCAUCGCUUGAGUUUCGACCAACGCGAGAUCAUUGAGUCCAUGAUUGAUAAGAAUAUAGUUGGAUAUGGAGGGUCAGGGACAGUUUACAAGAUUGAGUUAAGCAAUGGAGAAUCUGUUGCAGUUAAAAAGCUGUGGAGUCGAAAAGCGAAAGAUUUUGCCACUGAUGAUCAGCUGGUUUUAGAUAAGGAACUGAAAAAUGAGGUGGACACAUUAGGUAGCAUAAGGCACAAGAACAUUGUGAAAUUGUAUUGCUACUUCUCUAGUUUGGAUUGCAAUCUGCUGGUUUAUGAGUACAUGCUAAAUGGAAACCUUUGGGAUGCACUUCAUGGAGGAAAAGUCCUUCUGGAUUGGCCUGCUAGGUAUCAGAUUGCUCUUGGAGUUGCUCAGGGUUUAGCUUAUUUGCACCAUGAUUUGAUGCCUCCAAUCAUACAUAGAGACAUCAAAUCCACCAAUAUCUUAUUGGACAUCAACUAUCAACCCAAAGUUGCAGAUUUCGGGAUCGCGAAAGUCUUGCAGGCAAGAGGAGGUAAAGACUCCACAACCACAGUCAUUGCAGGAACUUAUGGUUACUUAGCACCAGAGUAUGCAUAUUCUUCAAAGGCAACAACCAAAUGUGAUGUCUACAGCUUUGGAGUUGUACUAAUGGAGCUGAUAACCGGGAAAAAGCCGGUAGAGGCGGAUUUUGGAGAGAACAAGAACAUCAUUUAUUGGGUAUCAACUAAAGUGGACACAAAAGAAGGAGCCUAUGAUGUUUUGGACAAGAAAAUAUCAGGAUCAUUCAAGGAUGAGAUGAUCAAGGUGCUGAGAAUCGCCAUUGGUUGCACAUGUAAGACCCCAGCGAGUCGGCCGAGCAUGAAUGAAGUUGUUCAGCUGCUGAUCGAAGCUGAUCCCUGCAGAAGAUUCGGUUCUUGCAAGUCCUUCAACAUCAAGACCAACAACAAAGUCGACACAUUCAAUAUCACAAAGCCUAAAGAACAAUGUCAAUGAUUUCGUGACUUCCCCCUGGAAUCUGAUCAAAGUGAGUGGGAUUCCUCAAUGUGGAAGUAGAAUAUAGAAUCUAACUCUGAUCAACUGGCUCCAAAGGAGAAUCUGUAAUUCUCAAAUUUUUACUUUAUUUUUCUUAGGUUUUUUUUUUUUUUUUUGGCAUAAAUGUAAACAAGAAAAUGGGAGAAGACAGAAGAGCCAGCAAGAAAAAGUAGUAUUAGACUAGUAGCUUUCUUCCUGUUUGUUUUUCUUUUUUUUUUCUUCCAUAUCUUUUUUGGCCUAGUGUAAGUAUAUAUCAAUAUAUAUAUAAAUAUGCUUUAUAGUAACGCAGAGCAUCUCUCCAUACAACAAUUAUUCAAUUGAAUUGACCCA